AUGAAGACCGGCUUCCUCUCUCUUGUUCUCUUUUUCUCGCCGCUCGUUCUUUCUUCGCCGACCGGUCUGGCAGUAGGAACCUCAGAAUCUCCAUCGUCGACAGUCUUGCGUUCCAUCCAAUUGGACGCAAGCCGUGCUGUUGAUAGGUCAGCUGCUGGACAGAGGGGUGCAGUCGCCCAACAGCACGACAUCACUCGUUUGCGAUCUCAAUGGGAAGCAGUGCUAAACUCUCAAGUCCGGCUAACAACUCCGCUCACAAGCCCAACCCUAGGAAUCAUCUCCGUUCAUCUCAAGACCAACGACCGCCCCUUCGUUGGGUUUCUUGCGGAAAACGGGCUGGUCCCUCUCCAAAAUGCGGCACCGAUAUACUCCAUCGACUCCCCCACUGCCCCUUUGAUCCAGAUCGACGUCUUUCCCUCUGCUAAUAUUUCACUCGCGAUCGCAGUUGGCCCCUUUGGUGAAACCCUUGCCCCCACAAAACAUAACUUCCACUUUUCGCGAUAUGUCCAGAACGCUGGCCAGACGCGCGUCCUCACUCACUUCUCUUUGAGCCCCGAUUCACGCGAAAUCACCCCUAAGUGGGUCAAUCCAGACGGAGUUUCGCCCCAGGUUUCCAUCGUCCACGCAUUUAACCGAAUCUUCUACACGGGGGAUGUCUCCGCUUUCGAACGAGUGCUCGGAAAAACGGCCAACAUCGUCACUUUGAACUGGAUCGAAUUACGGUGA